CAUACUCUUUUCCUGAGAGAGGAAAAAUUGGUAACUAACCAAAGAUUUAAGGCACUUAAAUACUUGAGGUUGAUAGUGCCCAGGAAAUAUUUCAUUUAUUGUAUUUAAAUUACUGACAAAAAUGGCUCAAGGAAAGCUUAAAGUAAAAUCAAAGUUACCCUCAAAUAAUAAAACGAAAAAACCAAAAGGCACAGCAAACACAAAACGAGCAAAUGCUCCUAGUGUGCCCAAAAAGCAAAGGACCCAACAAGCUCAUAAGCUUAAACAAAUCAUUACCAAAACGGUGAAUAAGACUGCUGAAGAUGAAAUCAGGUCCAGAGCAGGGAGAUCCAACUUAAAUUUGACCCAGGCUCAACAGGCGGUUGCUAAACACAAUAUGAAGAGGAAUAGUGAAGGAACAGGAAGUUAGACUUUCGUGUCCAAAUGAAAGCACAAGGUUUUUUUUUAUCAAAAAAUCGAUUAUAUUAAUAACAAAUUAUAAAUAAUUGACCUAAAUGUAUCUUUGAGUACGUAAUAAAACACUUCUAACUA